GUGUUGACAAGCAAGAAUUAGGUGUCUCCGUGCGUAGUGCGCGCGCACACACGCACACACAGGCAGCAUUACUUAUGCUGUGGAGUUGUAUCCGCAUCGGGCACACAGAGUGGGGAGCAGCGCUGUGUCACCAUAUAUCAUCCGCGUGUACCGUGAAGAGAGUCGCGGGCGCGCUUGGGUCAAGUUCGCGCCGAGAGCGAGGUUUUGUUACCACCGCUACUUUACUCCCUCUCGCGCUCUCUCCUGCCCCCGCCAGCCAAGCCGUCCAAAUGCUGUCGGUGCAGUCAGACGGGAAGCCCAAGGGCUGCGCGGGGUGCAACCGCAAGAUCAAGGACCGCUACCUGCUCAAGGCGCUGGACAAGUACUGGCAUGAGGACUGCCUCAAGUGCGCCUGCUGCGACUGCCGGCUGGGCGAGGUCGGCUCCACCCUCUACACGCGCGCCAACCUCAUCCUGUGCCGCAGGGACUACCUGAGGCUGUUUGGCGUGACGGGAAACUGCGCCGCCUGCAGCAAGCUCAUCCCGGCCUUCGAGAUGGUGAUGAGGGCCCGGGACAAUGUCUACCACCUCGACUGCUUCGCCUGCCAGCUCUGCAACCACAGGUUCUGCGUGGGAGACAAGUUCUUCCUGAAGAACAACAUGAUCCUGUGCCAGAUGGACUAUGAGGAAGGGGCCAUGAAGGAGAACUACCAAUCCCAGGUUCGCUAGGGCCCACGGACGGGCCCUGCCCUGCGAGGCGCUGCCCCUCGCUGCCCCCUCGCUGCCCCAGGCACCGGGCGGCGGCGACGGCGGUGGUGGUGGUGGCGGCGGGGGUGGUGGCGGCGACCAGCAGAAGGCUGUGGACGUUGUGGGGACGGCAAUGGCCUGCAUGGCGGCUGGACAAUGGGGGCGGGGAUGCAAAGAGUUGUGGGGCGAGAUGAUUGGCGAAAGGAAGGUGGUGUGGGUGGAAGUUAAGGGGAAGGGUGGCUGGCGAGGGAGGAGGUGAUGGUCGUGGUGGUGGUCGUGGUGAAAAGGACAAUUGACACUGUUGUGUGUCAUGGAUGGCAGCAGGCGAGGUUGCGACUGCAGAACGAACUCGGGAGUUCCGAUGCGACGCGCGUUACGGAAUCGUAAGGCGCCAACUACGACGUUUUCGAAGAGGUGUAAAUCAAACAAAAAAAACAAUGUUAAGCAAAAAUACAAAUUUACGGGGACCAUGACGGUGAUGAUAACGAUGAAAUGUUUCCACGUUUUCAAAAGCUUCGCAGAAUUUUUUUCGCGAUCAAAAACGUACAGUGACCACUAAGCUACUGCUGCAUAAACAAUAAACUAAAAUGGCUUUUUGCGCGCUUUGUGAUUCGCAAAGGGGAGGAAAUUUCGGAAACGACCAAAUUUGUUAUUUUAAGCAACUUCACGUUGAGCUCAGCAACAUGGUGGAGGACAAGAGUAGGUGGAGAGGUUGGGGGCUUUGUAAUUUACUGGGGAUUUGUUACAAAAAGACGGCACAUGGGAACUGUUGAAAACUUUGUAUUUGCAGUGCACCCAAAACCCACAAACCUUUUACCCCCCCCCCCCCCUUUUUAAGGAGUAAAACUAUAAACAGUCGUAGGAACGUUUCUAUUUUCCCUUUAGGGGACGAGGUUUGCGCGAAAGCAAUCGCCGUGCGCCCACUGCAUUUUUUAUCCUGCACAUUUUUUUCGGGCGUUCACCACGUUUUCAAAACAACACUGGAAAUGAAAAUAAAACGACGGGGGGGGG